AUGCUGUCGGCUCCUGUGAAAUCCGCCAAGCGCAUCUCCUCGCUAUUCUCGCUGGGCUCUCACAAGGACGGCUCCAUCGCUUCAUCUCCCGUGUCACCCGGCUUCAAGUCCUCCCCCGAACAGCAACCCCAGGACGCGACUCGACCUCGCAGCGCUUCGCGACCCUCUCGCAUCGUCUCACAGCCCAACCUCGAUACCUCGACAGAUUUUAAUCUUGACGAUCCCCUCCCCCCACCGCCAUCGCUUCUCGCCGUCAACCAGGAUCUCGCCAACAGUGCCAGCACCGGUCCCGAUGGCAGACCACAGAGCCGGGGUCGUCGGAGGAGUAGCAGCAGACCCGCCAGUGCAGCUGGCUUGUUUGUCCCUGGUGGUGGCUCCGACUCGCGCCCCAGCACUCCUUCCAAGCGACGCAGUUGGAUUCCUGGCCGCGUCCGCGCGAGUUCCGUUGAUACCAGAGGCCCUGCCAGUCCAGGUCUGACUCCCAACCAGCCCGGUGCUUGGAUUGCGGGUCUUGAUCAGAAGAUUGCGUAUGAUUUGGAGCCAUUGGCGCGGGGUGAUCAGAUCCCCGAAAUUUGGAACGAAAAUGGCGAUACUUACGUUUACCUUUUCCCUCAAAAUACCGGCAGACCACCGUCGUUCAAGGUGCAUUCGACUGUCUUUGCCGAAUCGCCCUCGUUGACCUUCUUGGCCCGUGGUACCGAUCCCAAAGCGCAGGCUUUGGAGCAUCAAGCACGACACAUGUCGCUCAGUAGCCCGACCAAUUUGCCUGACAAUGACAAUGACAGCUCCGGUAGCAACCGUAUGGCUUUCGUUGACGACGUGGCCGAUGAGCCCCAGGAGCUGCAUCUCUUCUUGCCCAUCCCCCUCAACUGCGACGUCUCCUCCCCCACCGCUCGCAUCUCGCAGGAGGACACUGAAACCCUUUUGCUCUUCCGUAAUCUCUUUGCCUUCUUGCUGGGCCAGUCCCUCAUCGCUACCCCUCGCUCUCCGUCGCUCUUCUCUAUCUUCAUGGAUGUGGCUUCUCUCUUAUCCCGCUUUGAGUUCAGCAACUUGGACGGCACCAACUUUGGCGAAACUGCAACCACCAGCUUUGGCAACUACUGCGACGAACUCCAUUUGGGCGACGUGCGCCGCAGCCGUGAAAAGACCAUUGAAGCCAUCGUCCUUGGCGAGCGGCUUCGUUUCUACCCGCUCUACCUCGAAGGUUUCGUGCACGGAGUGGGCAAACUGGACGAGCUCAAGCAGCUGCGUAGUCCCAAGUUUGGCUUGAUCCAUCCCAUCACCCAGAAGCGCCUGGAACGUGGUUUCAUCGACCUCGACACCCGGCUUCGCGUGCUCUACAGUAAGCUCAACGAGUUCGACUUUCCCUCCGUCUUCUCCGGAGCAGCCAACUCCACCACAUCCGUGGAAAGCAAGGUCGUGCGCUUCAAGGCCUGGAAGCAAGCCUUUUCGGAGUUCCGCCGCUUCACCAUGCAGUACUACCGCCAGAAGUAUGGUUCAUGGCCGCCCAAGGCCCGUUCUAAGAAGAACCAUUUCGAAGAGAGUGGGCUCAACCGCCAGGUCCUCAAUGACCUGUAUCGCGACUUCUGCGAUCUCUACGACAUGAUGGUUGAUCGUGGUGCGCUGACUGACCGCACAAUCGACCAUUCUGGCGAAGCACCUCAGACCUCAGAUCCGGAUGAACUCAUGACCCGAGCCCUGCGCCAGGUCAUGAGCGAGUAUGAUCGCGCGACGCCGCCCGUGCAGCCGCCGAUUCCGUUCGAUAUUCCCCAGAUGCCGUCCUUGAAGUCUCUGCACUCCAAGCCCAUGGAUGCGAAGAAAGAGGCCAAGCGUCGGACCAAGAAGCUCAAGGAUACCGAUAUCAACGCUGUUCUGAUGGGUUCCUACACUCGCGAGGGUCUGCGGGCCACCCCCUUCAUCGAGAGUUUCAUGCAGUUCGAACGCCGCUGCGGCCAUGGCAAGUCGGUCAACGACCUGAUCGACUUCCGCUGCGGCCAGUGGAUCUUCCUCUAUUGCGUGAUCCAGGCCCUGCCGCUCCUCGUGGUCGACGUGCCCAACGUCAGGUACAACGAUGCCGUCGAGUACUUCCUGUGCAUUGCCCCACGUGGCGGUGCCCCAUGGAUCCAGAACGACUCCAAGACAGCCCGUAGUUGGUUCGGAGUCGCCGGUGGUGCUGGUGUUGUCAGUCUUCCAUCGGAUGUUGUCGUCAAUGGUGUCGAAGGUAUCUAUCGUCGCAGUCACUGCUGGCAAAUGGCCGAGCAAUGGGCCGAUGCAGAUGCCAUUCUCGAACCCCCGAUCGUCGAGGACGCCUACGACAACGAAUCGUCCGUGUCUUCGCCGUAUCCGGCCCAACAAUCUUCUGCCGGGUCGUCCUCAGAACCGCAGCCCAGUCCGUACAUGGCACCCCCGAAUGCCCUCACGCCGCCGCCAGCGGCCAUUCCUCGAACCAACUCGCCUGCCUUGCGGAGUCGGGCCGAGCACCGUCACUCCAUCUACCCUGGCCUGGAAGCCUUGCCACUGCCGGCCGGUGUGGCACCAAUUGAACCGCCCGCGCGACCAAUCAGUCGGUUCAAUCCCAACAUGAGCUUUGACGACAUCUUGAAGCAGGUUCCUCAGAAAAAGAAAUAA